UGACAGGUCACCAGAGUGCCGUCUACAGUGGAGGAGAAAUUAAAACUAAAGCUUGUCGCCGAGAGUCUCUCUGACUAUUACUGAAAAAUUGAUUUGCUUCUGUUGAUUCUGCAUUACACAGCAGUUAGACAAUCAAAGGAUGUAGCUAUAUUUAACAGUAAUUUACGCCUUGAAGCCUUUCCACUCGAGCCGAUAAUGCUUAAAACGAAGCUGCCCAUGAGAACCGCGGAGGCAGGAGAUGAUACGGCCGAGGAACAGCCGGAUCUCCAUAUUCCCAGAUCGGUCUCUCCCACGAUCUCGGACAGGCUCGAAGAUUCAUCCAGACACCCAGGAUAUCCAUCUCAAUUGGACAAAGAGACCGUUUUCGAGUGGUUUGGUUUGCAUCUAAAUCCUGCCAAGCGGAUCGAGUUAAUGUGCGGACUGCUGCAUAUGUGCCAGCCGCUCGAACUCCGGUUUUUGGGCUCCUGUCUGGAAGACUUGGCACGGAAAGAUUACCCAAUUCUACGGGAUGUCGAGAUCAGAGCGAACUGUCCGAAUGAUUUGGGCAUUUUAUCUGAUGUUAUCGACCCGGUCGUGCGCUCCAAACUGCUGGUCUGCUUGUCCCUUCUGCGAUCUGACAGCAGGGAGUGUGCGGGAAUACUAUUUCGGAUAUUGAGCCAUAUGGAUCCCGCCUUGUUCUACAAAAACUAUCCCGGUUACUCUGUUUCUCCCUUCAGGGACCCGCUCCAUCCUUCGUGUGUGGACGGGAAAGCGUUCAGGAGAACAGACCAUAUUUGCGGGCGUCCAAUGGAGGCAGCGGUCGGACCCUUGGAGCAGUUGGCGCUGCUUUUUACUAUGGCCUCAUUGCACCCAGCGUUCCCUUUUCAUCAAAGAGAAACCCUUCUAGUGCAGCUGGACAAAAUCGAACUUGCCACAGAGGAUAGACAGCAGAAUCAGUACAGAAUAAACGCCCAGGCCCAGAAAGCAGAGUACCUGGGCCCAGCUGCCGUCACCACUGAAGCCAGUCUGGAUGAGAGGACACAGGGGCAGAGACAAUGUGCCAGCCAGACACCCCCCAGCUGCACGACCCAGCAAGGAAGCAGAACCCAGAGGGAAGCUGUACAUAUAGAGAAGAUUGUACUGAAGGGGAUGUCACAGAGCAGGACAGACAGGGAAUACAAUUUUGAGGUGAAGUGGUCUGACUCCUCAUCCAGCAAUGUCAGGAAAACACAGCUUGAACUGGAGGGCUUCUUGUUGAAGCUUCCCAAGGAGCACUCCACCGAGUCGUUUGAGAAGGGCAUCCUCCGGCUGCUCAACCAGGGAGACAAGUACGAGAGCAGGGGGGUGGAGAGGAACCUCAAGGAGAAGUUUCUGUCGGCUCCACAAGCUUUCCGACAGACAAGGAAGGUCUGUGGCUUCUUCCUGUGUGAGUCCUCCUCUUCCUCCUCCUGCAGCUGCAGCAGAUGUAACCCUGCAGCCCUGGGGAAGCCCUUCAAGGAGGACGGUUCUGAGGCAUCCAGCCAAGAGGAAGUUGUGUAUUUGGAUCCGUACGUUCAGGGACACCGGAAGAAACAUGUCAGCAAUAGCCCCUGCCUUAGUAUUCCCGAUGCCAAAAGUUCCCAGGGCGAGAGCAUUCAGAAGGGGUCACACAGCUCGAAGCACAACAGCCUGCCUGACUGGAGGAGGAAGACCUGCACGCUACAACCCGACCAGGAGGCCUCUGGGGGGCCAGGCCCAGAGCAGCAUCAGGAUAGUGAGAAGAGGGCCAACCACCCUGCCAGCAUGAGGCAGCCACUGGGACCAGACAGAUGGGAUAGGGCAGUGUGCAGUGUGAUGGCGAUUGCAUCGUCUGUGGAUCUGUUGGGGCGGGAAAAGGGGAAGAAAGCAUACUUGGCAAAUGGGAGCAUGGUGCCACCAGCAUCUCAGCGAGCGCGACAGUCGACAGGAAAAGGCAUAAGCGACAAACUCACCAGAAGCGGGCGGGCGGAACAAGCAGAGCGAGGCGGGCGGAAAGGACCAGACAGGCAGAGCAGGGACUAUGGAGACUCCAGUCACGAGGUAUACGGCGAAACCUCGUCUGAGAGCUACAGCUCGGCCUCCAGCCCCCAGCACCACAAACCAGAGAGCCUGGACAGCGAGGACGAGAAGGAUAAAGAUACGGGCAGUAGCCAGGGCCCAGCGGACGCCUUCUUCCCCUGGCAGGAGGUUGUAGAUGGGGCCAUGCCCCCCAUCCACCACCUGGUCUCUGCCAAGCCUGUCGGGGAGCCCCCCAGCCUUGACUAUCCCCCAAACACCUUCAUGCACCCCCUGCCCUGCAUAUUGCCCAACAGGGCACUACCUGCCGAUGCCCCUCUGCCAGUCAUGCCCCCCCAGGUGGCAGCUGCCCUAGUAGACAACAAGGUGGUCGGAGGGCUGAUCAUGCAGGUGCCCCUGGUCCUCCGAGAGCCCAUGUCCACCACCGUGCCAGGGGAUCCAGAGCAGAGGGAUGCUCCUGCUGCAGUGCCCAUGGUACUCCCAGGGUUUGGCUCCCUAGCCCUAGGCGUACACCCCCCUGGCAGCCCUGCCCUGCUGCCCCUGGUCCAGCACUUCAAGACAGCCCCUCCACAGACCACUGCCAGCUCUGAGGGUGUCACCACCCUCCCUGCCUACCAGCCCCUGGUGGAAGCUAUCAGUGUCAUCACCCCCGGUCCGCCCUAUGCCUCACCCCUGCAGCCUGCCUACUCCAACCCAGACCCUGCCUCCCCCCUAACCCCCUCCGUACCCCUGGGGGACCUUAGCAUCCCUCACACCAAGCACCCAGAUGUGUCUCUUUUCUCGGGCCUGCCCUCCCUGUACACUAUGGCCCCCAUCCCCACUUCCGUCAUGGCAACGCUAGGGGUAGCGCCUUCCCCUGGACAGGUUCAGGCGGUGGUGCCCCCGUCCGUACCCACCCACACCCCCGGCCCAGCGCCCGGCUCAACCCAGACCGACUCCACCUCUUACGUCAACAGCACCAGUAACUCCGUCGCCCAGCAACAGGCGCAACCACAACAUCAACAACAACAGCAGCAGCAGACGACUCACCAGCAACAGGCCAUGUGCUGUGGGGCGUGCGGUUGCCGAGGCGGCUGCGGCAACAGCCGUACAGCGCCAUCGUUUUUCUUCCCCCACCAGAUGGCGCCACGGCAGGUGUUUGGUGCGCCGCCUAUCUUCCAGUUCACGUCCCUGUGCACCAGCAACUACCUCAGCCAGCCGCCCCCGCAAAGUAACGGCCAGGCCCAGCUGACAUUCUUCCCCCCCGCCCCUUACGCUGGCCAGACCCUGCUGCACACCCACCCUCACUCUGACCUGGGCACCCAGCUAGGCUAUAGCCUCCAACAGAUGGUGUCGCCCUUCAACCGUUUCUACCCGCACAUAUACCCCUCCAGCGUGGGUAUGGUGCCCGGUUCGGGAGGCCUGGGGGGAGCGGUCGGCGUCAACAAGAACAACGGCAACGUCUCCUGCUACAACUGUGGGGUCAGUGGGCACUACGCACAGGACUGCAAACAGCCCUCCGUUGAUUCAACACAGCAAGGCAGCUUUCGGCUGAAGUACGCCACCUCCCACUCUUCCGAAGGACUAGACAACGCUAGCUGAACACGUCUUUUCGUUCCGCCAUCUUGUUCCUUGUCACGAGCGGUCCGAGAGAACCCUCCGUUUCAAGAGGGUUUCACUCUGAUGUUUUUCAGUCAUUGUCAUUGUUGGUUUGACCUUUUUAAAGAGCGUGUGCGAGGAGGGUCCUGAGUACUUGUGGCGGAGACAUCCUCUACGUCCCCGUCACAGCUGAGAGUGAAGCUGUCUUGUUUCCAUAGAGACGCAACCUCCCCACUGAUCCCUUAGAGGCUUUUGGUAUUUUGCACUGAAAACUGGCACAAGACAGCAAGCAGCUCAUGUUCACUAACUUAUUUUUUAUAUUAGAGUGUGGGAGCUUGGGAAAAUGACACCACGUCUAUUAGAGUGUGGGAGCUUGGGAAAAUGACACCACGUCUAUUAGAGUGUGGGAGCUUGGGAAAAUGACACCACGUCUAUUAGAGUGUGGGAGCUUGGGAAAAUGACACCACGUCUAUUAGAGUGUGGGAGCUUGGGAAAAUGACACCACGUCUAUUAGAGUGUGGGAGCUUGGGAAAAUGACACCACGUCUAUUAGAGUGUGGGAGCUUGGGAAAAUGACACCACGUCUAUUAGAGUGUGGGAGCUUGGGAAAAUGACACCACGUCUAUUAGAGUGUGGGAGCUUGGGAAAAUGACACCACGUAUCCUAGAGUGUGGGAGCUUGGGAAAAUGACACCACGUAUCCUAGAGUGUGUGAGCUGGGGAAAUUAUUUUAUUCUCUGAAUACAUGGGGAUCCUACGUGAUCUCGAUGAGAGUUUCAUAUACUUGGUUUUUACAGCGGUAUAUUUAUGCCUCCUUACUGUUAUUUGACAAGGAUUUGUAUUGUUUAACUGUACAGCUACGAAAGAUAAGUCCAAACAAAAAAGUUAAUGUAAAAAAAAAAAAAGCUGGGGUAAUUCUAA